AUGACUAUGUUUGAGAAUGUCACCCGGGCCCUGGCUAGACAGCUGAAUCCUCGAGGGGAUCUGACGCCCCUAGACAGCCUCAUCGACUUCAAACGCUUCCAUCCCUUCUGCCUGGUGCUGAGGAAGAGGAAGAGCACACUGUUCUGGGGAGCCCGCUAUGUCCGCACCGACUACACUCUCCUGGAUGUGCUGGAGCCAGGCAGCUCCCCCUCAGAUCCAACAGACAGUGGCAACUUUAGCUUUAAGAAUAUGCUGGAUGCCCGAGUAGAGGGAGAUGUGGAUGUGCCAAAGACGGUGAAGGUAAAGGGGACUGCGGGCCUGUCACGAAGCAGCACACUGGAGGUGCAGACGCUCAGCGUGGCUCCCACGGCUCUGGAGAACUUGCACAAGGAGAGGAAACUGUCAGCAGACCACCCGUUCCUGAAGGAGAUGCGGGAACGCGGGGAGAACCUCUAUGUGGUGAUGGAGGUGGUGGAAACCCUACAGGAAGUCACUCUGGAGCGAGCUGGCAAGGCAGAGGGCUGCUUCUCUCUCCCCUUCUUUGCCCCACUGGGACUACAGGGAUCCAUGAACCACAAGGAGGCUGUAACCAUCCCCAAGGGCUGUGUCCUGGCCUAUCGAGUGAGACAACUGAUGGUCAAUGGGAAAGAUGAGUGGGGCAUUCCACACAUUUGCAAUGACAGCAUGCAAACCUUCCCUCCUGGAGAAAAGCCAGGAGAAGGGAAGUUCAUACUGAUCCAGGCAUCUGAUGUUGUGCUAAGUGAAGCCCAACAGAAGCUUCUAGUAAAAUCCCUGGAGAAAAAGAUCCUACCAGUGCAACUGAAGCUGGUUGAAAGCACCUUGGAGAAAAACUUCCUGCAGGAUAAAGAGGGUGUUUUCCCCCUGCNNCCUGAUCUGCUCUCCUCCCUCGGGGAGGAGGAACUGAUCCUAACGGAAGCACUGGUGGGACUAAGCGGCCUGGAAGUCCAGAGAUCAGGCCCCCAGUACACGUGGGAUCCAGACACUCGCCCCAACCUUUGUGCCCUCUAUGCUGGUCUCUCCCUCCUUCAGCUGCUAAGCAAGGAUNCCUAA